AUGGCUGUAUUCAAUCAUGCCCUCUUUCCGGGCGAGUAUCUGGCCGAGAAGUUCCCUUCGCUUCGCUUUCUACCAUCCUGGUUCCCCGGGGCCAAAUUCAAGCGGAAGAGUAAGGUCUGGGUAUCAGCCGUCCACCGCUUGCGGGAUGUUCCGUGGGAGCGGACUGUGGCAAAGAUUAGAGGCGGUACCGCGAUUCCCUCGAUUGCGACAAGCCUCAUGAAAGAUGUACCUGAUGUGAAGAGCGGCGAGGUUACGGAGGAAGAAGUCGCCGCUAAGAAAGUCACCGCUACUGCGUAUGCCGCUGGUGCAGACACCACGCUUUCGACCAUGCAGAGUUUCUUUUUGGCCAUGGCAUCUAACCCCGAUGCACAAAGGAAGGCGCAAGCGGAGCUCGACGCUGUAGUUGGCCGGCAGCGGCUGCCCACGUUCGCAGAUAGGGAGUCCCUACCGUACGUCUGUGCGCUCAUCAGCGAAUGCCUGCGCUGGCGUCCGGUUGCACCCCUCGGCUUUCCGCAUCGCUCCACGGAAGAUGACUGCUUCCGAGGUUACUUCAUACCCAAGGGGACGGUCACCAUCGCCAACGUAUGGGCAUACUCCCGCGACACGAGGUACUACCCGGACCCAGAGGCGUUCUCUCCAGAGCGAUUUUUGAAGGACGGAAAGCCAAACCCCGAUGUGCUUGAUCCAGCAGCCUUCGUGUUCGGAUACGGGAGAAGGAUCUGCCCCGGGCGCCACUUUGCAGAUGCAUCGCUCUUCAUGUUAACUGCGACCGUACUGCAUACCCUCACAAUUAGCGCCCCGCUCGAUGCGCACGGCCACCCCGUCAAGCUCGAGGGCAAAAUGACGGCGGGUGUUAUCUCGUACCCAGAACCUUUCGAAGCCGACAUCAAGUCGCGCGGGUCGUGGGCGGAGGCCCUUGUCCGGGAGAGCUGCAGCGCGGUCAAUGUGUAG